AUUAUUCUGCUGCUGCACAGGUUUCAUGCACUACUUGGGCAUUCUCUCCUCUUUCAGUAAAAAUCGCAAGCUAAUAAUUUAGGCUAGAACCAGAGCGGUGUUUCAAGUUUUCAUCGUCGCAUACCUAACAUGGCGAGGGUAUUCUUGUUUGCUCUUAUUUCUCUCUCUUUGAACAUGAUAGUGCUGACGAAACUUGGACUCCCUGGCGGUCCUCAGAAGCUGAGUCAUGACACUGCUGAUACCGUGAAGGUGUUUCAAAGCUUUCCGUAUGUUGUGUCUGUCACAGACUCGAACAAUGAUACCAUAUUUGAAUGCAUGGAAGCGAACAGAACCGAGUUUGAUCCAGUUGCAAAGACAGCCACAUUCGUAUGGAUAUUUCAGGCCCCGGAUUCCCCUGACAGGGUCGAGGUACCACUGCCACAGAAGGCGGGACAAGAGCCUGGAACGGUAGAAUUUUUGGACCCUUUUGAUCAGACACUAAGGGAAGGAAAAAUAUACUAUACUGACUACGAGACCUGUGCUAUUCUGGACUUUGAAGUUUAUGGACAUCAAUGCGCACUCUGGGUACGGAGAGACGUCGUCAAGUCCCUGUCGAAAGAAUGCAUCGGACCAGUUUGAGGACACCUGUGGUGUGGUGGUCCCUGAGAACCGCAGAAUACACUGUGGUGACGAGGGUAUUAAAAAGUAACCACACGAACAAUUCAUUUACCAUUCCCCAAGGGCAGCAAUGAAGUGAAACUUCCGGCAAACUUCUGAUGAACUACGUGGAGUAUGUAAGCGAGAAUUAAACAAGCCAGUUUCGUAUGAAGAA